AUGUCAGCAUAUUGCAUCAUUAGUGAAGAUGAGCGUCGUGGAAAAAACCAAAAGAAAACAUCAACAUGGGCACAAGUGAAGGAGCUAUGUGAUGCAAAUCAAGCAGAAAACCCAGAAAAGCUUGGUAAUAGGAACAUAGCUCAAAUGAAAGGUUGUUAUAAACAACUUAAUGAAAGUGAUGGAAAAUGGGUUGGUGUUUAUCGAGAAGCAUAUAGAAAAAGAAGAAGUGGAAUGAGUAUGAAAGAUGCUGAGAAUGAAGCUCAUAAGUUAUAUGAGACAAUUGGAAGCAAGUUCAAUGACAUGAUUGUGUUUAAUGAGUGGAUGAUGAAGAAAGUGGUGGUAGCACAAAAAAGAUUAAGGUCUACUGAAGAAGGAGAUUAUUGUGUCCAAUCCAACACAGAAGGGGCAAGUAUUGGCGGUUCAACAAUUAAACGUCCAACAGGUAGAGAUGCAGCUAAAAGAAAAGAAAAAGGUAAGUCGUCUAAUGAAAUUGUUGCAGAACUUCGUGCGGUGAGACUUAGUAGAGAUAGUGAAGUAGAAGUAAUGAAAAAAAGACUUGACUUGGAUCAACAAAGGGAGCAAAAACCGGAUGAAAGGGAGCUAAUAAAGAUGCAGAAGUUGUCAUUAUCAUCUUUAUUGAAUGCAGGCUUGUCAUUAUCAUCUUUCAGAGACACCACUCCUUUUCUUUAUAAUCUUAUCAUCUAG